AUGAAAAGAUAUGUGUUAGAUUUAAGUAACUUAUUUUCGGACCAUCGACAGAAAGUGUGCAUUGCACACAGGGACAAAUGGAGCACGAUUCGUUCUUUAAUUCACACAUUGAAACAGCUUUUUGCGAUCGAGCCCGAGCUCGUCGUGUUAUCUGGUGACGGUGUGUACUAUCCGGAGACGGAAAAUAUUUCCAUUCUACGGGACAACGAGACCCUUAAAGUUCUGUUGCUAAAUACAAACGAGUUACACACCCGAUCUGCUGGUGCGGAACGACAUACAGUGGCCAUCGACACAACCGCAGACCACAGUCAGAUCGAGGAAAUCGAAUCAAUUUUAUCGAGUUUGCCUACUCCAAAGCGACGGCGUGUUCGGAAACGUAAAGCCAAACAGGCGGGCAUCGAUGAGGAUCAGGCGUCUGCUUCGAAGGCUACGUUGCCAAAAAAAAAGCCACAAGCCGACGAGCAUCUUGAAAACGAUGACCAGGAACGAAUAGUGCCUGUGGAUGAUAAAGUUCUAAAGCAUACGCUUAAGCUGAAGCAGAAGCAAAGCGAAGACGAACUACCGUACAGAAAUUUAAACCUCGUAAUGAAGGCUAGAGUUGUGCGGGCCCUUUCGCCAACGGUACCCAACCCUCUGCACAACGGAAACCAUAGAACGGAUGAAGACCGUACAAGCGCAGAAGACACAAAUAACGACGAAAUAUUGCCCAAAGAACUAUCUUACACGCAGCCCUGCACAAACAGCUUAAAACCUAGAGUGGUGCGUGCACUUUCCGAAGAAAACACGGUCGAAGUAAAGCAAGAACAAAUUGAAAAACGUUCCAACGAUACGAGCUCUGGUGAUGCGGUUCACAAUACCGAAUCCGAAGCAAACAAUUCAUCUACAACCCCAACUCUGAUGACGGCCGAAUCCGUCGGCAGUGUUGCAGACGAAACCAGCGUUGACAACGGGGAGAUAACGAUCGUCUUUUCGGACAUUUCUCUCUGAAUGUUACAAUGUCAAGCAUAAGGGCGCCUCCGCCGAUCGGUGAGUGUUUUCAAUAUUAAUGUCUUUUUCAUGUUCUACGUUUCAACUGCCAUAAGC